AUGGCCAGUAGAAGAAGUAGUGGGCCUCUGUCCCCUGCUGCCAAGAAGAAGUUAUUGAAAAUCCCUGAAAGCUCUAGGUACGAGGCUGUUGUGUAUCACAAACCUCCAAGCAAAAAGGAGGGCAUCAAAUUUGUCAAGGAUGAAAUGCAAGGCGUUUGGGCGCAAGACGCAAGUAUGCAUCAGAAUCCGGUUCUCCUCUGGGCAUUUCCUUAUGAGAGCAUCCCAGAUGGCUUGACGGAGACAGAGCAUACACAAGGAGUCUGGGGAUACAUGAAUGGUGUUGACGGCAAGGAUCCUAAGAAGUUUCAAGCUACAGACAUUUACUUUUAUCCACCGAAUGCCAAGAUUCCCGGAGAAUUGAAUCAGAAAGGUAUCUGGUUAUUCCCAUUGAUUGAGAGAGAUAUUUCUCACUUGAAGGACUAUGAAACCUCCUUUUUGCCUAUCGGUGAAGCGAAAAAGAGUGAAAAACUCGACGUAGGAGGUGCCUGGAAGCUGUUGUAUAAGAAUGAUGGUAAUGAGGGGGCAAUAGGACCUGGAAUGAAGAGUAAAGCCAAGAAGGAGCCUCCUCCGAUGAAGAUCAAAGUCCGUACUCCUGAGGGCAAACUUAUCGAAUUGGAUGUGAAACCAACUGACACCAUCGAUGAAACAAAAGACAAAGUCUUGGACAAGACAGGAAUUCCAAAAGAUGAUCAACGACUUACAUUCGAUGGAAAAGAACUUGACGAUCCAACAACGCUCAAGAAGAACAAGAUUAAGAAUGGAGAUAUUCUUGACAUGGAUCCUAUGCAGAUCACCGUCAAGCACUGGGAUGGCUCCGUCUUUCCACUACUUGUCACUCCAGAUGAGAAUAUCGACAGCAUCAAGAAUAAAAUCAAAAAGCACAAGGAUAUUCCUAAACCGCAACAGCGAAUCAAGUUUGGAAGCACACCUCUCACUGAAGACACCAAUACUCUCGACGACUAUGGCAUUAAGCACAAAUCUGUUAUCGAACUGCUACCUAUGGAAAUCAAAGUUCGAACCCCAGAUGGAACGUUGUAUCCGAUCGCAGUUACUCCAGAGGAUACGGUUGCAGAUUUGAAGAAAAAAGUCGAGAAGGAAACUGGUACUCCAGUGCCCGACCAAGUGUUGAAAUUCGAAGGAGAAGAACUUGAUGAUAAACCAACGCUCGACGAUUAUGACAUCAACCAUGGCGAUAUUGUGGAUUUGGGAGGAAUGGAAAUCUUUGUGAAGCACCCAAGUGGGUGGACUAUCCCAUUGAAGGUCAGUCCCUCGGAUACGCUCGAUAGCAUCAAGGAUCGUGUGAGUGAGGAGAAGGAUAUUCCAAAAGAGAAUCAACGCCUUUCGUACGACGGCAAACCUAUGAAGAAAGACGAGAAAACGCUGAGUGACUAUGGGGUUAAGAACAAAGACACGUUGAUGCUUGAGCCCAUGUCGAUUAACGUUAGAACACCAGAGGGAAGAAAGAUCAAGUUGAAGGUCGAUCCAGAGGACACCGUUGAGGAUAUCAAGAAGAAGGUCGAAGAGAAAUUGGAAAUCCCUGUCCCAGAGCAGACUCUAUUGUUCAAUGAUAAAGAACUGGAUGACCCAACAACCCUUGAUGAGAAUGGGAUUAGACAUGGAGAUACUUUGGAUCUACAACCAGCUAUGAAGAUUCACGUAAAGCAUUGGGAUGGAACAACGCUCACCCUGGAUGUCAAGCCAGAGGAUACUAUCGAUAGCAUCAAAUCGACUGUGAACGAUAAGUUGGGAAUUCCAAACAAGCAACAGCGCCUAACGUUUGACGGCAAGCCGCUCAGAAAAGACUCCAAGACGCUCGAAGAGUACAAGAUUAAGGAUCAAGAUACACUUCAUCUCGAACCAAUGGAGGUUCACGUUAAGACUCCAGAUGGCAAGACUUUGACUUUCCGCGUUGAGCCUACCGAUACCGUUGAGGAUGUUAAAGAUAAAGUGGAAGAAGAAAUCGGGAUGCCAGUUCCUGAUCAGAGAAUGCUUUUCGAUGGAGAGGAACUCAAAGAUGCUCCAACAUUGGAGGAUUACAACAUUCAAAAUGGAGAUACUCUCUUCUUGGACCCAAUGAAGAUUCAUGUUAAGCAUUAUGACGGCAGAAUCAUCACGCUGGAUGUACAACCUGAUGACAAGAUCGAUGACAUCAUGGAGCGGGUGGAAGAGAAAGCAGAUAUUCCAAAAGAUCAGCAACGGCUAACGUUCAAUAGCAAGCCCCUUGAUGAUCCUGACAGUACUUUGCGUGACUACGACAUCAAACAUGACGACACUUUGAACCUCGAGCCAAUGGAGAUCAAGGUCAAGACUCCAGAUGGCAAGAUUAUACCAAUACAAGUCGAACCCUCAGAUACCGUGGAAGAUGUCAGGAAGAAAAUUGGAGACGCAACUGGCGAACCGGCCCCUGAGGAAGAUCUUAUAUUCAAAAAUAAGCCAUUGGAUGACCCGAGUUCCACUCUUGCAGACAAUGGCGUCAAGCACGGAGACACUAUUUCAAUAGAUCCGAUGCAAAUUAAUGUCAAGCACUGGGAUGGGACUGUCAUUACUUUGGAUGUCAACCCCAAUGAUAUUAUUGGUGACAUCAAGUCCAUGGUGGAUGAUGAAAUGGACAUCCCUCCAGCAUAUCAACGGAUGAAGUUUGAAGGCAAGCCACUGAAGAAGAACAAGAAGAGUCUUAAAGAUUAUAACAUCAAGAACAAAGACACCAUUGAGCUAGAACCGAUGCAAAUCAAUGUCAAGACCCCAGAAGGCAAGAAGAUACCGAUCGAGGUGGAACCCAAGGAUACCAUCGAGUCAAUUAAGCAAAAAGUUGAAGAUGCAACGGGUCUUCCUGUCCCUACUCAGAAACUCCGCAACCCUGAUGGCGACUUGCUGGACAACCCCACAACAGUUGCCGACAAUGGCAUCCAACAUGGUGAUACCUUGACUUUGGACCCAAUGAAGAUCUAUGUCAAGAAACCAGAUGGAGAAAAGAUCGAACUUGAAGUGAAGCCAUCGGAUACGGUCGAAGACGUGAAGAAAAAGGUCGAAGAUAUCGCAGGUAUCCCGGUUCCAGAUCAAACACUUACAUUUGACGGAGACGAAUUAGAUGACCCUACAACUCUGGACGAAAACAGCAUCAAGGAUGGUGAUACUCUAGUAUUGGAGCCUAUGCGAGUCAACGUUAAACAUUGGGACGGAACAGUCGCGACAUUUGAUGUUCAACCUGACGACACAAUCGAACACAUCAAGUCGCUGGUCGAUGAUAAAAUGGACAUCCCCCCAGAGCAACAACGUCUAGCGUUUGAUGGGAAGCCACUCAAGAAGGACAGUAAGACUCUGCGAGACUACAAGAUCGCAAAUGGUGAUACCAUCGAGCUUGAACCAAUGACAGUAAACGUCAAGACACCAGAUGGAAAGGUGAUCCCCAUUCAGGUUGAUCCGCACGACACGAUUGAGCAGGUGAAGAACAAGGUCGAGGACGAAACUGGAAUCCCCACUCCCAGCCAAACCCUUCGCGACCCCGCUGGAAAUGUGUUGAAAAACCCUACAACUAUCGCCGACAACGGUAUUAAGCAUGGUGAUACCUUGGAAUUGGAUCCAAUGAAGAUAUUUGUCAAGAAGCCCAACGGAGAAAAGAUAGAACUCGCUGUCUCUCCAACGAAUACAAUUGCUGACAUUAAGGACAAGGUGGAAGACAAGGACGGAAUUCCUGUAAUCGAUCAACAUAUGGAAUUCGAUGGCAAGGACUUGAAGGAUGAACCAACACUUACCGAUUAUAAGAUUCGGGACGGAGAUACCAUCGACUUGGUGCCAAUGGAGAUUAUUGUCAAGCAUUGGAACAAUGCCAUUUUCUACUUCCCUGUAGAACCCGAUUUUACCCUUGAUCAAGUCAAGGAUAUGAUUGAGAAGAAGCCCCCCAAAAUUGAGAAGGAUCGACAAAAGCUCACCUUCAAGGAGGAACCAAUUGAAGAAGAUUCCAAGACUCUGCGUGAUUAUGGAAUCAGGCAUCGCGACGUGAUCAAACUCGUCAAGACGGCCAAGAAGGAGCCCGUGAAAGAGAAGCCGAAAAAGAAGUCUUAUCUCCCUGAUAACUGGAAGGAAGAAACCGAGAAAAAGUACGGAACCGUCAAAACUACCACCUUCAAAACCAACUAUUCUGGUGACAAUGACGAGAGUUUCUUCCAAGGGAAGAUUGGAGAGACGGAAGAAACCUUCCAAUUCAGUGAAGUCACUACCAAGACUAAGGGUGACGAAAAGAAGAUGACCCACAAAUUCAACUAA